GGAAGGCAGCGUUGCCAAGGCGACGCUGGAGUUUGGGAGCCCAGCCGAGGGAUUCGAGUAAAACUAAUCACGAUGCCUAGAAAGAAAGAGAGAAAAAGCGACAAAAACAAGAAAAAACUGAACCUCGCGAGUCCUUUAACCAAAGCUGUCAUCGACGAUAAAGAAAAGAGUUUAUAUCAGAAGCAAAUUGGAUUUUUGAACGAGAAACUAGAAAGGUUUCAGAUCAAAUGUGCUGAACUGGAGAAGCAGAACAAAUUGCUAAUUUCUCAGUACAGCUCACUGGACACGGAGAAGAAGGAUGUUACAGAGUACCUGAAACGCACACUUUCUGAAAAUCAGGACGAGGCUGAUGAUCUCCUGCAGCGUCUGGAGGCUCAACGUCAGGCUGCUGUCCAGGAGAAACAGUCCUUGCAGCUGAAACACGACAAACUGAGGCAGGAACUAGACGCCCAAAUUAAUGAACUUAAUGAAAAAAACGCAGUGCUCGUAAAGAAACUUGUUGAUCUGGAAGAGUUUCAGAGGCAAAAGGAUGAACUGAUGACAAAGCUUCAAAAUCUAGAGAAGCAGCUGGAAUGCCAACAAGAAAAACACAAGGAUGAGAUCCACAGCCUGGAGAUGAAGGAUCUGCUGGAAAAGAGGAAGUUAAGGUUGGAGAUGGAAAGUGAAGUAGCAGCUAUGUCAUCCAAGGUCCAGCAUCUAGUGGAACAGAAGCUUCCGGAGAAGAUCAGGUCUGUGCUUCAGGAGAACACUGAGCUGAAGACUCGUCUCAGCAAGCUGUCAGAGGCGACCGAGUCCCUGCUGGAGGAGAACACGUCUCUGAGGGAACGCCGCAGACUGCUCAGCGUCGACAACGACAUCCUGGAGCAAACUGUCCGUGAGACGUCUCGGAUCAGCUGCGUCUGCAGGAAGGAGGUGCAGCAGCUUAGGGAAAAGUUUCAGCAGCUUCAGGAGGAUGUCAGUGAAAAGCAGCAGCAACUGGAGCAGCUUCAAACUGAGCACACACGAGUCCUGGCCGACAUGGAGGCACUCAGACUGGACCGGGCCUCUCUGUCCGCAGAGUGGAGCAGUAGCCGGAUGGAAAGAAAUCAGCUGGAGGUGAAGCUGAAAGACGAGAGGAGGAGGAAGAACAGGAUGAGGAGCAUCAUGCAGGACGCAGCAAACAGUCUCCUACAGGUGCUGAAGGAGGCUCCAACACAACAGCAGGACGUGGACGCUGUCCCCCCGUGGAAGAGGACACUGCAGAACCUGCAGGAGCUGCUGAACCGACAAUCAAUCAGAGCUCUGUCUGCACAGAGAGAGCUGCAGAAAUCUGACCCAGAUUCAACACGAGCAGAGCGCCUGGAUCCAGGUCGGAGUUUUCUGUCCCAGCCGUCCCGUCAGAAAGCUCGUGAUUCCCGCCUCCUUCCUCAACCCGCAGUGAAACCCAGAGACUCCCUCUGUAGGACAGGAGCCGCAUCGAGCAGCAGCCUCUCAUCUCUGCCCAGGAAACCCAUGAUUCUGAGGAGCUCCAGAUCGGCCACCAUUUCUCUUUCAUCUUUGGGAUCUCUGACCUACAGCCUUUCACCAAAUCCAACUUUCUUCAAAUGAAUCCCGAGAACACCAGCAAAGAAUGGAUAAUAGGAGAAAAAUACAUUUAGGAAGCGAGGCGAAUCCUUUGCAGAGGGACACACUGUUAAUUGCCAUCAUAACAUUCAAACACAGAAAACUAUUUAAAGCUGCUGAUAUUGCUGAUCAUAUAAUAGCUGAUCAUCUCCUUGCUCUGUCUCAUCAUGACCAUCUCUUCCUAAAAACAGUUUCCACCCUGUUACAACUCAGUAACAGGGUCAGCCCCUAAUAAUCCAAUAAUUCAAACAAAACAUACAGAUUUCAACACUUUAAUUAUCAAUAAUCAUAGUUAAAGGCAACGUUUCAGGCACUUCAAUUUCCAUGUGAAGAUGAAAGUCAGCACCUUGACGAACACUAGAGGGCACAGCUUAUAUUAAACCAGACAGACAGAAACCGGACACACCUAGACUCUAUGACCACUGUAUGUACAAUGAAAUACAUAUAUCUGUAUUAAAAACUAUACUCUGAUAAAUAUAUAACUUCAUGGAUUGUUGAGGAGUAAUAGAAGGUAUUCAAAAUACUGUAGUUUUUUUCUUUUUUAAAUAGUUAGAGACUUUAAAAAAAGUAAAAUUUGUCCAGUCCAGGUUACAUUGGAAUACUAAAGGAUUCACCAAUGUGAGUUUAUGGGGGUUAUUUGGGACUGGGGUGGUGAGGUGAGCUCUAUAUACAGGAAAUAGUCCCCCUCUUAUAAGGCAGGGUGGAUUUGAUGAUUAUCUGCGAGCUUAUAUAAGAAAUAAAAAUGAAGCCAAAAAGAGGCUGAUGAUAAAUGAGACAUUUCAGGCACAAUCUGAUGGAUCUGAGGCACCUGAUGGUUACAUUCAUAUUCAAAGGGCACUUUGGGCUCAUCAAGGCGGAUAAGAAGAUGCAUACAUAAAAAAAAAAAAAAUCCAGGAAUAUCAUUGGUUGGUUGUCAACAUUGAGGAAGGACGCGUCGUUCUUGUGUGAGCCAAUAGCAGCGCAGCGUUGGUGGGAUCAGGAGGGAGUCUCUAGUCCAACAUUCCCCUCCGAGUCGGACUUGGUGAAGUUUUCCUUCCAAGUCUAGGCGUUCCCUGCGAGAGUCAUGAACAUAAAACGUGAGGCAUGAAUAAACCUACGCUGCAUUGCUGAACGGUGGAGACAGAGACUUACAGGAGACUGGGCUUUGGAGAAGUUAACAUGUGCAUAAAGCAACACAGCGAUGUCCUUGUGUCCUGCUUCCAGGGCGAUGGAGAGAGCGUUACUGCCAUCCUAAAGGUGAAGGAAGUCAGUGAGACAUAGAUUAUAACCAAGCAAAAGAGAAGUCUGUAUAAAUCAGUUGGCUAUUCUACAGGCUGAUGAAAAUAUCAACUAAGAAAUAAAAAUGUAGAUUAACUACAAUGAAGAACUGGACAAACACAGUGUUAUAACCCUGGUAGAUAACUACUUCGUGCAUUGAGAAUUCAAGAGUAGUGCACCCAGGGCCCAAUAGGAAUGAUAAAUUCUCAUUUUUUGGGUUUUGGUUAUUUAUUUAUAUGAUCCAAUGGCUGUGAAGAACCCAACAGAGCUCCUGGAACCAUUGACCACAAUGUGGGAUCUUGGUUUAUCUCUAACUGUUGCCUUAUAAUAUAUAUAAAGAUUUUUUUUUCUUCCCACAGAAAGUCUUAUUUUUUCCUUUAGAAUCAUCAGAACAUAAAUACAGAAGGAAGUCUAAAAAUGGAAGCAUUACCAUGCUUUCUUUUUUCCAAUUUUUCAUCCAUGAUAAUAAAUUAUAAAAGUCAACUUUGCGUUAGCUGUAAGCUAAUUAGCAUAUUUAUCAUAGCCAAGUCAGAUCCUGUCAGAGGAUUAAAAACAGAUCAGAAGGUCCCUCUUGGAAAUGACAACUCAUGUCUCAAUUAAACAUUUAUCAGUUAAGUUUUAAUAAUAACUUCAAGUUUUAUUGUAUAAUGAAUAAAUGAAUAAUUGAGGUAACAUCUUCCAUUAAUGUACAGUUCCACUCCUGAAUAACUUUGAAAAUAAACUUCCCGUUUUAACGCCUAAAGUUUUUUUCCAUUAGAUCUUAUUUUAAAUAAAAUGUUUCCAGAUUUGGGGUUUUGGGUCAUUUAAGAGAAACCCAAGUCAGGAAAUGUAAGCUUAUUUAAAAUCUUAAGCUGCAGGCCUGUUUCACAGGCUUAAAGAGACAUUUUGUACAUUUUUACUGAAAAAUACCUUCGAAACAGUCUUUUUAUUUGAUCCUUUACAACUAAAAAAUUGUUCGAUGAGCAGACUGACACCUCAUUAGUUCAGCGCCAGCCUUCAGCCCAUUUUCCUGAAUUAACUUUGGGUUGGACAGACGCCGUUUCUGCGAAUGUUCAGCCACCAAGUCAUCCAUUUGUUCUGGCCAGUCACUGAACCAGGUGAUUCCAAUCUAGACAGUGAGUUAACUAGUGCAGAUAAGACUCAUGGAGAUGACUUUUUGACUCCACAUCUCCCACCUCUGAGAUUUACUGCUAGAACACUUCAUUACUACAAAGAAAUUAACAAUCAAGCACAAAUUCACUUCCUUUGUGCAUAAAUUCCAUUUCUGGAUCUGCAGUUUGGUGAUAUUUAAAUUACCACUUUUGGUUGUAAUCAAUAAACCAAAGCGGUUGUCGUUAUGUAACGUUUUCCAGUCCAAGGACCCCCAAACUAAUGGCGAUAUGGAGCGG